AUGACUACUAGAGUACGGUGGAGUUCAAUGCCUAGGGUUUCCAGAUUACAAGAUGAGGAAGAUAAUGACUGGAUUCAGAACGGAUAUGAGGAUACCGAUGGGUCUCAUUCUGUAGAUGACAAUGAAGAACUUGAUUGUGGAAAAAGGGGUCCCAACCACGGUAGCAACGUUUGUCCAGAUGAAACAGGGAGAAUUCCUUUAACUGUGGGAGACAAUAGGUAUGUAGCUAAACAUUUUUUGUUUUUUGGAUUUCAGUUUGAAUGCAAAGUGGUAUCAUUGAUUUUAUAUGGCGUGAAUUAA